AAAUCGUGAUGACACGUGCCAUUUUGUACUUUACUAAUUGCCUUCAUCGCCUCGCCUUAAAACAGUCUCACCUACGUGUUGUGGCUAUCAACAAAAACAUUAUGUUGUUUUCCUAAGCCUAUUAACACGUUUACCUAACAUGCUUCCGUUCUCGAAGUCCGAGUAAAGGAAAACACUUAGGCGUGUCCGCGUCAUUAUCCUGCGUAUAAGCCUUAGAAAGCUGUACAUGACGGAAAAGCCAAGCCCAGCUUAGCCACUCUCACAUUAAAAUAUGCAUUAUGACCGUCUUCCCGUUUUGUACAUAGAAGCUUGCCAAGGUUGGGGGCGAUAUAAUAUUAAACUUGUAAGCAAGAAUAGCGUGAGUCAGUGGUUUGCCGGUCUUAAAAGUUGUAUUUCGGGGUUUGUGAAAUUAUUUCUCUCGAAGAUGAGCCGAUUAGGAAAUUUUUCUCUUGUGAUGAGAUUUAAUGGACGAAAGGAAACACCACCUACCGGUAAGUUUACACUUUAGUAAAAGGAUAUAAUAUUGUCUUCAAGAUGUUGAUUCGAGAAUAUAUAACUACACGAAGAAUAAAUAUAUAGAAAAGUAUUUUCUACACUUUGGCUGGUAGCUACAUAGUUCUUAAACGUCGUUCUAAAUCACUAAAUGGACUUCACAGGCUUGGAACGGCCGCAUAGACCACAGUUCUAUAAACUAUGCAUAGACAUAGUGUCUUAACUCUUAUCAAUAGUGCGGAGCUUAAUAGCAAGCGACCUUUUCAGUCGUGUCGGACGUCACCUGAAAAUUGUUAUGACUAAUUUUGGUGGCAUUUUGCAUGAUAGCCCUCGUGUAAGGAAGCAAAAAAUCCACUGCCUGGCAAAAAAACACUUCUGGUCACUGAGUAAAACAGUGUUUUGAUGGAAGUUUUGGGAAAAGAAUUAAAAUUGGUCGGGUGAUCAUUUGGGUGAACAGUUUUGAGUAUAGUUGAUAAUUUUAACAGCCUGUACAAAUGUUCACAGUUAAAGUAAAAUAAAAUUUAACUGCUACUGCCAGUCUGCCAACAAUCGGCCACUCCAUUGUAUUAAAGGAAGACAGAAUGUAACAUUGUUACCAUCUAGAGACAGUCACCAUCGGGUCAUCACGAAGCCAUAUGAGAAGGUGAUUGGUUGAUUGAAACAAUGAAACAUAAUAAAAUUAAAGAAUAGAUUUUCUAAAUAACGAGUCACGCACACCGAUCAUUUUUGUUUACGGAAGCGUUUACUGACAUGACUAAUAUACAGUAUUAAACACUAUAGUUGAAGCAUUAUACUGAAAACCCAGAAGCGUUUAAUUAUUCUGAUGUCAUCCGUUAUUAAUGGGUGAUUCCGGUUAUAGACUAAAUUUUUAUCUAGCUGAAGAAGAACGAAAUCCAACACCAUAGCUAGAAAGAGCAUCUUAGAAUGAGUAAAAAUGCAUUUGAGUUUGGUUGCGAAAUGUUGUAAAAUGAAGAAAAUUUUUGAGCCGAAAGUGGUUAUUUUAUCGCGCGUAAUGCAAAUAUAUACAAAAUUUGCGAACUUCACAGCGCAAUAUUUUCUUCAUUUUACAACAAUUCGCAACCAAACUUUGCAAUUUUACUCAUUUUAAGAUGCUCGUCCCAGCUAUGGUGAUGGUUUCGUCCUUCUUGUCUAGAUCAAAAUUUCGUCUAUAGCUACAGAUCCAUUGUGCAGUACGUGUCGUGAAUUUCGUAUUAAAUAACUGUUACUGCGGGCUCUUGCAACAAGUAGUUAAUUAAAUUGAAAAAUCUAAGUUUACCAUGCCUAGCGGGAUGGUCAGUAACAAGAUAAAAUCUUCAAAUUCGGGAGAAUCCUGUUUAGGCAAGACAGGCUUACACUGAGGCGUGAUUUUUAGUUUCAUUACAACUCAUUACAUGACAAAUUAGCCUUUUUUAUGCGCGCAAGUCGCGCAGAAAGCGCACAUGUCAUUCCAUUAAUAGAUCAUAUAUAGGUCUUGAAUUAUAAUCGAUCAUAAUUAUUUUAAAUCUUUUAUUGAAAGACGUUUUAGAACGGGACUUGAAUGGUAUUUUUUCCGGCUUUGUAUACAACGGAAAAGCAAAACACUUUCAUGCAAAUGACAGGGAUUACAGCCAAGGGCAAGCGAUUAUGGAUGCCGGUUUAAAUAUAGGUUUAUGUACUUAGGAUUACUGAAGCUUUUUAACAAGAGCAAAAUUCCAUUUAAAAAGUGCCAAAAUCUACUAAGGGAAGCCAAACUACUUUCUGCUGAAUAAACCCGAGCCAAAUACUAAUUCGGAUCUCUGCAAACUGAAUUGUGAUUGGCUAUUGCUUAUUAUUUUUCACCCUGCUCGGUUUCCUUUGUUCUUAUCGGGGGAAUAUAUUCAAUAUUCCCCUCUAAUCAAUUUCCGUUUAAUAAUCCCCUCUAAUAUUCACCUACAAUGUCUUUGCAGCACAAAAAAUGAGAAAAAACAACAUAACGAAGGCAAUAUGGUAUUAAGAAUUAUUUCUAAUAUUCUGACUCAUUAACGCGACCGAAAAAUAAGUACGUUAUUUUGAGGCACCUCGGAGAUAUGUGUUUAUUCACCUCGGCGCUGCGCGCCUCGGUGAAUAAAUCACAUAUCCCCUCGUUGCCUCAAAAUAACCUAUACUAAACUUUACAAUUGACUAGAUUUCAUCACUCCUAAUUGGCUAGAUUAUUAUAAGUGAUAUCUGAUAUAUCUAACCAUGCACGUUUUUCUGAUCAAGUGAUUCAUGAUCUUCAAGAUCAUGUAGAAAGAAUAUCAUUAGCAACUGUUGUAUUUGAAAAUUCCUGGUUCAUAUAAAAUGUUUGGGGUGGCAUGCAUAGUCCUGGCUACUUUAAUCAGGAUUCCUGGCUAUGCAGUGGUUGAAUUAUUAACCAGAUUAUAUUAGGUGGAGUAUUAACCAAGAAUAUAAUGUAUGUAAAAUUUGAAGACGUUUACAUGAAUAUCCUUCGAAUAAUAAGCUUUCGAAAAUCGUGAAAUUACUGAUUAACUGAAGAUUGUUUUUGGGACGCGCGUCCCAAAAACAAAAAUUACAGUACAUUUCAUAGUAAAUAUCACGAUUUUCGAAAGCUUAUUAUUCGAAGGAUAUUCAUGUAAACGUCUUCAAACUUUGCCAUACUUACUAAUUUUGAGGUGGUCUUUUUAGUGAUUUGGUUCAUUUCUUAAUUUGGGCGCUUUUUAACACUCGUCCCCAAGUCCACUCAUCAACUUCGGAAUGGCUAAUCGUUCCAAGUGUCGUUUUUACAAUCCGACUUGCUGUUCUCAGUUACUUAAUUUCAUGCAUUUUGCAUGUCAAUAUUUGUUCAAAUAUAUCAGUAUGUAAAUGUGUGUUUGUGUCCCUAAAUAUGUUAUAACUAUUGUUGUCUUUCUUGGAUUGGUUUUAAUAUGGGAUUUUUGUCCUGUUGACCACCUUCAACCUUAUUUUUCCUUCAUCUAUGUGUAUAUUCUUAAAGUGCUUAUAUCAUAGUUUUGGAGUUUGCAUGUCUCGAACGUUUACGGUAUUUUAAGACACUUUGCAAUACUGAUAUUUUGUUAUUGAAAAAUUUGAUCUUGAUGGAUUUAUUAGUGAGCUUAAGCAAGUGACGUUUUUGACAACACGGACGUCGACCGGAAGUAAAGUUGACGUUUUUCACCAAUCACAGCCCUUGACCCAGUCUUCUGACGUUACUCAUGCCGUUCGUGUUGUCAAAAACGUCACUUGCUUAAGCUCACUAAUAGCUCUUAAAGUUACCGGACAUGACGUCAAAAGGAGAAUUUUGUUGCAAUGAUACAAAGGAAAACUGAUUUGCAAUUCUCCUUUUGACGUCAUAUCCGGUAACUUUAAGAGCUAAUAAAUCCAUCAAGAUGAAAUUUUUCAAUAACAAAAUAUAUUGCAAAGUGUCUUAAAAUACCCUAAACUUUCGAGAUAUGCAAACUCCAAAACCAUGAUAUAGGCACUUUAAAUUUAAUUUCUAGUAUCUGUUCAUGUAUUUGUUCAUGGGCUUCAGCCACCUCCCCCAAUAAUUUCCAUUUGUAUAAGCAAAACACACAAAAGGACUAGAAACGUGUGAAAGCAAUUCGCAUUUAUUCAGAUUUAUUCUUGAGCCCCCCAAUAUUAAUUUACUUCCGACAGCCUUGUUUUAGAGUGUAUGUACGUCGGCUUUCGUCCGUACGUUUUAUACUGCACGACCUGCAACCUGUCCUUCAUUUCUUUAUAAGCAAGCUAUAAAGAAAUGUUGCAAUAUAUGCUAAUUAGGUAUACAUUACGAAUACAUUUUUUAUCGUCAGUCACACACUACCCAAGGUUACAGAAAGACGUGGCAUUUAGGUCAUGAUAUUUUAUUUAACGUAAAGUGCAGUUCAAAUAAAUUAAAGUUCUGCAUUUAGUCUAAUUGAAAUUGGAAUACUGGUUAUAUUUAUGUGUUUCCCAAUUACAAAUUUCUUCUAUUUGGAAUUAAGGAGUUAGAAUCUUGUCGUUUUGAAAAAACGCUGGUGAGUUCUUACUCGCGAUUCUGCGAUGGUUUUUUGUUAUUUUUUAUACGAUAUUUUAUCACGCUCACGCAUAUGAUUACGAAACGCGCUUUACACCAAGUAUUAUACGCUUAGAUUCUAACCCACCCUGUUUUAUAUGCAAUAUUUUGGUGUUUUCUCGGCAUAUUACUAUUAUUAAUAAUAUCAUUAAAUAUGGUAUUUGUACUGCCACUAAUGACGAUCCGGGGUUUACGGAUCCAUACGGCAUUGUAAAUAAGCAUGUAAACCUGGUGUUUUCCAAAACUGAGACAAAAUCAACUUUAUUUAUCGCCAAUUCAGUGCAUAUAUAUGAUAUGACUAGAUCUUCAACUACAGCAGACUUGUAGCAAUGCUGUUCCAACAACUUGUUAUCUCAGGAUGUGUUCGCACUGCUUGUUCCCAGCUUGUUGACAAGUUGUUAACGGUUUGUUGACAAUUUGCUACAAGGUUGUUGAGCACAACAGACUCGUUACAAGUUGUUCCAACAACUUGUUAUCGUUCUGCAAUUCAACAACUUGUUAACAAGUUGUGAGUGACAACAUUGUUGCAACUUGAUCAAUAACAACUUGUAAAAUAACAACAUUGUUACAACAAGCUUGCGACAAGUUGUGAGAUUUUUAUCUAGAAAGUUGUAUAAACUGUGGAGUAUUUCCAGUAAUAGUGGAAGCAUGCAUUAGGCUAUUCAUACAUAAAUUUUUGUUAGUGUAACCGUUGUCUAAACCUUAAAAAACCCUCAAUAAGUGGGUCAGUUUUAGGUCGGGUACAUUGUCAUUGACAGAAAGUUUUAUACAGAGUUUUCCUCUGCCAAACUCAAACUUACAUGCCAGGUGUCACGCAUUUUGCUUCAAAGACACAACAUCUAAAGAGGUUCUGAAUGGGGUACUUCAACAACAUUAAGCAUUUAACGUUUUUGGCUCUAUAACACUUAAGUUUCUGGAAUUGUAACGCGGAAAUGAAAAAGUCGGCAGCAUGCCUAUAUUUACUUUUUUGCAAGUAACCAAAAAUAAUUUGCAACAUCUGACACUCAUGUUUGGCAGCUUGACAGUAAAAAUCCAGGUGCUCGCACUAAGUUGUUAUAUACAGAUCAGAAGCUCAGCGAGCGGGGUGCUCUACAUUGAGACCUGGGUACGAGGCGUACAUUACUGACUUGAGCAUCCUCGUCCCCAGGGUCUCUCGGCCGCGCGCGUGCGGAACCGGAAGUACAAGAAAACCUGCAGUAGUUUCUAAAGCGCAUGCUCUUGAAUUGGGACGCUUUAGAACCCGUAACAAUUUUCACAGUGACGUAUUACGAAGAAAUGAAGUAUUUGUGUUGACAUAUGUUGCUAUGUCUUGCUUAGUGAAAACUGAUCAACUUCUGCGAAAUAGCAGUUCUCUGAGAAGCCGGGCCCUUAAUCGUCUAACCCAGAGCCUAAUUUUCAACGAUUGACCGAGUGAAAAUGGCUCUGAGGACGAGAAUAUGGUUUUAUAAGCUGAUACAACCUCGUACCCAGGGCUUGACCUCGGGCUUGACGUUGGAGGCGAGAUAAUAUUAGAUAUCGCCUUUUAGGCAAAGAGAGCGUGAAUCAGCGGUUUGUGGGUUUUAAAUUUUGAACUACCAAGUGAAUAAAGGCAUUAGGAUUUCUUCAAAUUAGGGAGGAGCUUGUCUUUUCUACUUUAUAGAGUUAGCAAUUGUAUAAUUUUGUAGUUUUUACUAGUUAUAGCGGUCAAUGCACCCAUCUGGAAAGUACAUCACUUUGGCUUAGAGCCUCGCUUCUUUUUUGUUUGAAUAAAACGAGGCUCUUUGUGGGUUUAGCUGUUUAUAAGGACCAUAUGAACGAAGUCUUUUAUUUCUUUCACAGCUUUCGUGACCACAGUUACGUGCGCCACGCAUGAAACACGCGGUUAAUUAUAACGUUGUGUGCACACGUAUUUUCAUAAUUGCUGUCAUUAUUUUUAUAUAUAGCUAAAUGAGCGGGUUCGACAAAUAGUUUAGCAAAAAUUCAUUUCAUGACGACCUGUGUUUCUACCGAUAACAUAUAUCAUGUGGGAAUGGGAAAAACAGCUUCCAUCACCAUCCAAAGCUAACAGACUUUUAUGAUUGUGAUAAUUAUUUUUAAACUGAAAACUCAUUUAUAAACUAAUGAGGAAAAUUCAAAAGAAAUCACUGGCGUAUCGCCGUCGGUGGUUUAAAAUGUGAUAAAAAAUCAUGUUCAUUUACAUGUUCUAUUUCCCGGCUUAGACAACGUUUAUUCAGUUUAGAAUUACUUCGCCAAUGAACUCAUCAGAUGGGACGUUUUUUAAGCAAUUUAAAACAUUCGCAGUCCGCGUGUUUUACUGAUCAGAUAUAAAACACGAGAGCUGCGUCGAGGAAGCAAAGUUCAACAUGAGUAGAAAUUCACCUUAAUGAUGGUAUAUUAAAAAAAACAACAGCUUCAGUUAGAUCCGGUUCCUUGGCGUGCACCAUAUUGACAUUGAUUCAACACGGAAUUGUCAAAAUUUGCAUAAACAUUUGAAACUUCCAGCCAUUCUAAUUACUAUUUAUGUACACAAUUGUUGCAAUUAAUGCCAAUUACAUAUCAUUUUUAUCCCCAGUCACGCAAAAACCCACGAUUACAAUCAAAGAAAGUCGUGGCAGGAAGAAUUAGGUCAUAUCAUCUACGAACGCACGCACAGGUUUGUCAGUAAAAUCCGGCUGCAUUUAGUUCCAACUUGAAUUGGAACACUGGUUACAUUUAUGCGUUUCCAAAUUUGACAUUUCUUUUACUUGGAAGGACUCAGAGGAGUUAGGAUUAGUCUUUUUGAAAAAGUGCGGGUAAGUUCCUAUAUUCGAUUGCGACGUUAACAAGUUUUCAAUUAAAUUUUUGUAUACGAUGUUUUUCGAUCAACAAAUUUACAAUGUUUAUAUAUUUUAUACAAUAACUUAAGCCCCGGCCAAACAGAUACUGAUUAGAGUUGCCACGAGAGUUGAUACAGGAGAGUUGCAACGCUCGCUCGUGUUUGGCCCAAACACUCAUCAACGCUCGCUCGUGUUUGCCCCAAACACUCAUCAACUCUUGUUGAUUUUGGUUCAAAUUUUGACGAGAGUUUUCGCUGCGCGCGCGAUAAUUAUCUGGUCAACUCUCAUCAACUCUCACGCAACUCUUGUUCUCGUUUGACCAGGGCAGAAAGGUCGAGACACACCGGACGCGAUUCGACACUGACGCAGCGCGAUUUCUCAAUUUUCACUGACCGAUAACUUUGAUCCUGGUUUAAGUUUUCCAAAUAUUUAGAAGCGCUAUAACAUUUUAAGUUAUUUGGUUUACAUCUAUCUUUUAAAAUUUCCUUUCAUUGGCUGUUUUAUUAACUUUCAAAAACUGAAAAAUCGCGCCGCGUUGUCGAAUCGCGCUUAAGAAUUGUGAAAACUCUCAUGUGAACUCUCGCUUCUUAACUCUCCGAUUAACUCUCAUCUAAUUCGUUUGAUGCUCUGCCGUAUGUCACUAGGUUUGAGUUCCGCUAUCCAAUUCUAUCAUAUAUAAUCAACUCGAAGUCUUUUAAGGUUACCAUACAACCUUCCUUCCUUCCUUAAUUAUUGAUAUCGUUUAAGUAAGAUGCCCCUUUCGCGGUCUACCUCUUUCCCUACUUCCUUGCAUAAGAUUGUUUGUACAAAGCCCGCAUGUCUCAAAACAUAUGACCUAACCAUCUGGCUUGUAUAGCUUUUUAAUAAUCUUUAUCAAAGUUCAGUUUCUUCAACCUACUCAGUCCAGCUAAUCUUUCCAUUUUCUCGCCAGAUCCACAUUUCAGCGGUCAUUUCACAAGCAUGCAGCCUCUCAAAUAUUAUACCGCUUAUGACAGAAUAGCGAAGUUUGACUUGCUGUCGUGCUCCAGAGUCGCACAUAAUGCGAUAAGACCUUUGAUGAGUGUUCCAACUAUGUUUUAACUUAAAUAAAAUACAUGAUAGUGUUGGGAAAGCAUUAAGAACAGCUAACCAAGUUCGCGUGACUGCCAACUAUUCAUGUACUCCAAUCCUCGCGUUUGAUGCGAGUUUUAGUUGCGCGCAUGAUGAGAGGGAGUGAGUUUCAUUCCUGGCUCCGAGUUGGCGGCGAUUUACGCCUUUGGCCUUCAGAAUUUUAUAAUAUCAUAAUAUAUUAUUCGCAUUGAUGACGUUUCUGGCUCAAUACGGAUCGAAAGCUUUUUUUACUUUGCCAAGUGAACUAUAAAUGCUGUUUUUUAUUCAUUUAAUUACUUAAUAAGAAACUUUCGAAUGGUUUUUGAAUUUUUUUUACCUACGUGUACGCAGGUAUGCAUGAUGAACGUUUUAAUUAACUGAAAAACAGCCCUCACAGGCUAUUGAUACUUUUUUUUCAGUGUGUAUAUAUAACCGUUAUCUACUUUAAUAAAAAAAACCCUCAUUAAUUAAGCAAGGUCUUCAUUAAGUUUAGGGACAGAAAGUUAUUACUGGCUGAACAGGAACGGAACUUUUCUGUGCCAAAUUAUGACUUGCUACACUGAUGUAGAAUUCCAAACAUUCUGUAUGUAUACAAACGUCCUAGCAAGCACAACUGGUCACGGACACAAAGAAAAAAGGACUUUUGUACUUAGCUUGUUUUCGGCGGAAACAUUAACCACAUAUAGUUGUUGGCGUAAACAAAGAGUCUUUUAAGGCUAAAGAGUUAAGCGAAGGUAAUUAUUGUCUGGUUUCGAAUCGUGACAUCACCAGACACCAAUUUGGCUCGUGAAUAUUACCAUGCACAUUCGCAUUGGCAAUUAACGGACUAUAUCCUAGCGUGCCAUGCCAGGGGCAGGGUCAUAUACAGGAUUUUAGUUCACCAUGGGGGAAGUAAUAGCUAUAUACUGAAGGCCCAAAUGUCCAUGUAUUCAAAUCAAUGUCAGUCAAGUCAUAUGAAGUCGUAUCAGUUAGAUACAUGUUUGUGGUGCCCCGUACAGAAUCAUUGAUUCACAAGAUUAGCAAGAUGACUCAUAACAUGUGAACAUUUUGUCAGAGUAACUUGGCAAAGCGAGAUGUGUACACAAGAAUCACAUAGGGAAGCUCAAUAUCCUGAAUUUCUCGGCACUUCUUUUUGAUCUGGUACACAAUUAAGAAACUCGGGCGUAUAUAACCCGAGACCAAAGACUCGAUGUUGAUAACAGUUCUAAUUUUGGAAAUGAUCGACUGGACGACUCGAUUGAAAUGAGAUUUUCCCUCUGUUGUUAUGCCAUUCUCAUCCCCAGACCCUUGCUUCUUCCACAGGUCCUGCUGCACCAUGGGAAGGUCUGACCUUCACGAGGCAUCAGGGCACAGAAUAGAGCCCUUAGAGAGGGAAUCAUGCACUCGCCAUGUUCCUAGCCAGUGCGCUUACAAGAGGCAUUCACCCCCCUGAAAAUUCACCAUUUUGAAUAUUUCCAGGGGGUGUGAAUGCCUCUCGUAUCCACAGCAUUGCAAUGCUACACCAAAAUCAGACCAUUGCAAUGCUACACCAAAAUCAAAAGUCGACCUUCUGCAAGGUUUCUAAUCUGUGAUGAGGGAACGAGGUUGACAGUCAUUUUCACUCGACAAAAAAUAUACGAGUCUUCGAGUAAGUUCUCACGCCUUUGGUCCUCAGUUUGCCGAGUAACUCGCCUCCAUAGAAAAUAGGCUCUUCAGUUAAAAAAAAAAAUGAUAAGGGCGGAGAGAAAUGGGGGUCGCUGUGUGCAAAGCAUACAAGAAGUAAUCCCUAAUCAUUCCCUGUAUGUUAACCCAUAAAAGGUUAUUCUUUUCUCUCAUAGUUAUUCUAAUUUGUAUCCGAGGGUCUCCCUUCCUGCAAAAUACACGUGCAAUAUCGAGCAUUCAUUCGGCCAUUGUGCAUUGUUAUAUAACAGAAUAUAUAUACACAUGGCGAGAAGCCGUGCUAUUUUUCAGUAUUUAAGGCGGCAUUAUACUUAUUUUUUUCUUGACACUGAAGAAAAACGGUAGAUGAUGAUAUGAAAAUGAUAAUGAAAUGAUGAAAAUCAAAUACUUUGAGCGAAGAUCCUUUGUAAACUUAGAUUUGAAAAUAAGGUUGACUCAUUUCCGCAAUUAUUACGCAAUGUAAAAAGUACACCAUGAUUCAAGAGGUAAUUUUUUACUCAGAUUGUGUAGUACGAUAUAAGUACGACUAGUUGCAAAAGCUACAGAAUUGUCAUGUUACCAGGUACAAAUUGAGGCUUCUUUUAGUAACUUACAGAGUGCUACAGUCCUAUACACUGGCUACACAAUUAUUUACUUUUUAAGCUUUUUGUUUUCUCUUGAACGAGAGGUCAUUUCUCUAUUAAUUAAUUAAAACUCAUGAUGUACAAUGUACAUGGUAGUAUCUGUGGGUAGUAUUAACUGCACAAGACACAGAACCAUUAGCACCGAGAAUCCUUCAUUCUAUCACUGAUAUACGGCUAUUUACUUGUUGACCUUUUCAAUUCUGUCGCAGCUAUAGUCAAACUCACAUGCUCUCAGUUGCCAUAGCACUAAGGAUAACCUAUUUUCAUUUUACGGAAAUCAAUUUGUAGAAACAAGUCUUAUUUAGGCGUACACACUACUCGUUGCCAACCAACCUAAGGUUUCAAUUUCAGCUAUAUUGUAUGAAGGCUCUACUUCUUGUCUCCCGCUUACUUCCUGACACAUUAUAGUCUAUACCUCGCUUGUGAAGAUAUAUGUUUCACUGUUAAUCAGUGCUUCGCACAAGUCCCUAUAUUUACAUGAUUAUACUGAAGAAGAUCUUCAAUUUCAAGUACAGUUCAGGAUAGAUUGAUAACAGCUAUUAUACGUUCUGAAGUAAUAAAAGUUUUUUGUAAUUUUAUUCAUCGAGGUGAGUUUAAUGAUCUGAAAAGAUUUAAAAGAUCUUCGAUAUUUUAAGCGAAGGACCAUCUUUGGCCUUCUUUAAAAGAUGGUCAACUCCGAACUAUUAACUAAGCGUUUUAUAUGGUGCUAAACAAGUUGGUUAUCUUCAAAUUAUUAACUGCCAUUUCAUACGGUGCUAUCAAAAAUAUUAACUAAUCGUCAUUUUAUUUGGUGCUAAACAAGGUCAUUAUCUUCAAAUUAUUGACUAAGCGUUUUAGGUGGUACUAUAGGCAUGCUGGUCAACAUUCUUCAAUAAUUUUUUCCUCCUUGACCUUGUAGUCGCCUCAGAAAACACAUUGUUGGCUCAAAUGGAAAUAUUUGUUAUUGUGGUGGCUGUGAUAGCCGUGGCUGCAGCUAUUAUUCUUCUCGUGUUGCUUCAGCUAAGGAUUAAAAAACAAACGGCAGCAGAAGCAGUCAGUCGUCGUAGCCGUGUACAACCAGCAAGCGAGGUAGUUGAGGAGAUUGCUUUGGAUUAUCCUGCAAACGACGGAAUUCUAAAGAAUGGACCGCCACCUUACAGACAAGGUAAAAGCACGUUUGAAUAUUCAUAUACUCAUUUGAUUUAAAUUUACUAGUUUUGGGGUAAAUAGCAACCUAAAAUGAUUUUAAAUAAACAUGUUUCGUGGUAGACCAAACUGUGGGUAGACAAAUUUGGCUUAGUACUGGCUUGUAUAAACAAGCGUGAUCAGCGAUUGUCCGACUUGUUCUUUGGAAAAAAAAUUUUUCGUGUCAUUGUUAUAAUUAAUGGGGUUGCUGGCAACACGAGUCUUGUUGACUAAGUAUUAAACACUUUGACUGCCAUUUUUGGUUGAAGAGGUUGUGGUUUUGAUAUUAGAUUGUUUGUUGAUCAGGAGAAUUGCAUGCAUGUAGAUUAAAAGUUCGAUUAAAUGAGCCAAGGAAGAAAUGGUUUGGACAUUUGAUAUGACUGGAUAAUAGAAAAAAGGAAAUGGAAGCGAGGAGUGUAUCACUUCAGAAAAUCUCUUAAAAAAGUCUUCCUAAAAAUAUAUUGAAAAAAAUCCCUGAAAAAACAUCCCACGGGAUUUUCGCGAAAAACCUCGUACAUUUUUUAUGAAGUGAUACACCUCUCGAUGGAAGGACCAAGUCUCUAAGGACAUGUUUAUAUGGAGGCGAGUUACCCGGUUGCAUCAUGUAAACAGACACAAGGGGAAACUAUUAUAGCAACAGAUCAUGCUAUGCAAAUUUUAUUCAAACCUCUUUAGAAAUGUAUUGUCUUUGACCUUGCUAGCCUGCGAACAGGCUCUCUUUGAACCCUCUUUGAAAUUCAAUUCAAAGAGCCUGUUCGCAGGCUAUGACCUAGCAUGACCAGUUGGCUUGCCAUGGCUAGCUUCACCAAUCGCCACUGACCGUUACCGAGUAACUCUCCUUGCCGAGUAACUCGCCUCCAAAUGAACAAACCCUGCGAGGAGAAAGAUCCAGAAUAGACAAUUCCCAUUAUAGAUUAUUUUUUAUCUUGGCAAAAAAAGUAUAUUCCCGGAAAGAGCAUACUAAAAUGAGUAAAAUUGCAAAGUUUGGUUGCGAAAUGUUGUAAAAUGCGGAAAAUAUAGCCUUGCAAAGUUCGCAAAUUUUGUAUACUUUUGUAUUGCGUGCGGAAAUUGCUACCACAUUUGGGCCGAAAAUGGUAGCAAUUUCCGCACGCAAUACAAAAGUAUACAAAAUUUGCAAACUUUGCAAGGCUAUAUUUUCCGCAUUUUACAUAUAUGCUCUUUCUAGACGUGGUGAAUUAUUUGCAUCUCCUUGCCUAGUUUUAAAAUUAGUCUAUAAUGGGAAUUGUCUAUUGGAUCAACGGAGGCGGGAUGCAAAAAAAUCACAUGAAGACUAUAUACAAGAAGUCCCGACAGCAACAUAGUGGGAAAAAUGGAAGAACAUUAGUUCUACAACUGAUAGGCCUAGUAUAUUGCAGAUUGCUGAGCCAUAUUGCCACAGCUAGUGCAACAAGUUAAGUCCUUAAUUAAAUUGACAAAUAUCUAAUUUUUAAUUUCUAGUAAUGAAAUCCCCAGAGCUAUAUCCACUGGCACCAUCAACCAACAUCGGGAAUGGCGAUGUCAAAAUCCAAAUACCAACCAGUCCUCUGCACAACACGCGCACGAAAAGAACCUGGAACCAAUUUUUAAAUGCAGUUCUACGGGCUGAUGACCAAGGCCUGAAUAUCCCAUCGGGGAAACAUACUUCGGGUGACAAUACUCCGACAUCAAACGACUCAUUCACACAGAAUUCGCCGGUAAUGGACGAAGUGCUGCCGACGUAUGACGAAGUUCGCUUGGGAUUCGCUUCUGAAGAAUCCAAAGUGGAGUCCUGCCGUCAAAAACCUAGUUUGUCGAGGCGUGAUAGUGCUGACAUUGUAAAAUCUGGACAAUAUAACUUUCUGGGAUUCAACUUCGGCAUAGAAGAGACAAAGUUAUGUAAAAAUGACUGCGUUUUUACCAUUUCAAACGCACUUCAGACUGUGAUUACAGAGGAGAGAAUGCGCUUAUCGCGAAGACCACGUCUAGCCACCUUGUAGGCCGCAUAUAGGCGUAAACUACGAAAUAUAACUGUUGUGGAAAUAUUGUUUCCAGGCCGUCUUUCCCCAAAACGGAGGAAAUUACCUGAAAACAUUUGCCUGAAACAUUUGGCAUUGUUUAACCACAAGAGAUAAAUGGUUGUGCCAGACAUUGAAAGAUGAACACAACGUUUGUAAUUGCGCAAAAGAAACUGUUUGCAAAAACGUCUGCGAUCUUUUAUGGAAUAUACCCUUACUGUAUAUAUUGAAACAACCCAAAUGUUUGGGAACUGAGAGAUAUUUAAUUACGAAAGAACGCGGAUAUUCUGUCAUCCUUUCUAUGGUAUUUAAUGUGCUUCCUCCCUCCCUUUCCGUUUCCCCCAUCUAGAGGUCAGGUCUGUCUUCCUUCCCACGGUCUUCCUAGCCUUCCGGGAUCCAUGCAUCGGUAUCUUGUACCUUCCUGUAUAUCAUCCAAAAGAAACUGCUACUGCAUGAUCGUAUCGUCGAAUCACUUCCAUAAUAGACCCUUCCAAACUUAACAACGCCAUAAUGAAACACAAUAGCACAGGGGGUGCAAACACAAUGAGUGAAAACAAUAUAUUCAAGAUGGCGUCCUUAACCUUGGAAGGGCCUUAAUUAGCCUUUCUCACGAUGACGAAUAUCCGCCAUUUUUGGGUGGCAUCUAAUUUUCGUUAACCGAUGCAGACAAUUAAAACAAUGUGAAAAGCAAUUUCUCAAAAUAAACUAACCAUUUACAAAGCAAAUUUACCAUAAUUCGUCAAAAAAAUUAUAAAAACUCGCUGUUAUGUGGACUUAUCUCGCAGACUUCAGCUAAAAUGCCACCCAAAAAUGGCGGCGUGAGAAAGGCUGAUUCGAUCACUCCAUCUAAUUUUUUGACUUGUUUUGUUUUGCAUGUUUUCCUUUGAAAGCUGCACGGUGAGCUUAAUCCUGGGUUAAGGAAAAUUUCAAACCAAACUUCUGACUCUUCCACAGUCCCCAACAUUGCUUAUUCAUGCAAUGAUUCAUAGGAAUGCGAUGAAAUUGAGUAUAACGCAAAGGACCAUGGGAAUUCCCAUCAUUCAGCGCGCGUUGUUGGGAAAUUCAGCGCGCGUUGGGUAAGCCACUGGGGACGAGUCAGACCCAUUGAACUAUAAAUAAACUGGAAGGCUAACUCAGGGGGGGGGGGGAAUUGAAGCCAGUGCAUUUUAGUUUUUCUGAGUUAUGAGCAGAAAUACUCAACACUGCACGUUGGUCUAUACAGGGUGUAUCAAAAAAAACUGAACAGAUUUGAAAUUGCUCUCAAUUUCGUAAAACACCUAUUUGUAUCCGGUUUUUUAUAUAUAUAGCUUCUUUGGGUACUUAUAAUGUAGAAUAAUGAAAAAAAUUUCUCGAACUCAAAUUUUGUGAACCAGGGGGGUGUGUC